UGCAAGUCUGCGUUUAUUUUUUUGCUCCUCACCCGAAAAAAAAAAACAAAUUGUAAAUUAGCCGCAAAAAGCAGAGCAAUUGUUAAUGAUAAUGAGCACGCCGGCGAAAAAUAACAAUGGAACCGGGCUGGAGGACGUGAAUAUUCCAGGACAGGCGUACCUACGCGAAGCCUUGACCUCCUGCACGGAUCCUUUGAAGGCCAUCGAGAGUUUCCAGCUCGAAAAUGGUGUCCUGCUGCCUUCACUGCGUCCCAUGUUGCCUUUACUCGAUCUGCACGGAGUGCGCCGCCUGGACUUCCACACAUCGCUGAUGGAGGAGCUGCGCGACAAGCUGAUUGCCCACAUCAACGAGAUGGGCCAAAAGGAGCCGCGCGAGCGGGACAAGAAGCUUAAGGAGCUGCUGGUCAAGAGCUUCCCCGUCGUCCGGGUGAAGUCCCUGCGCCCGGUGGUCAUGGCCAUUCUGCGGAACACCCAGCACAUCGACGACAAGUACCUCAAGAUCCUCGUGCGGGAUCGCGAACUGUACGCGGAUACGGACACGGAGGUCAAGCGGCAGAUCUGGCGGGACAAUCAGUCGCUAUUCGGCGACGAGGUGUCGCCCCUGCUGUCGCAGUAUAUUCGCGAGAAGGAGCACAUCCUGUUCGACCACACCAACCUGAAUAAUCUGUUCUUCCAGCCGACGCCCAAGGUGCGAAGGCAGGGGGAAGUGGUCCAAAAGUUGGCCAACAUGAUUGGAACUAGCGUAAAGCUGUACGACAUGGUGCUGCAAUUCUUGCGCACUCUGUUCCUGCGCACCCGCAACGUUCACUACUGCACGCUGCGGGCGGAACUACUGAUGGCCUUACACGAUCUCGAAGUGCAGGAGAUCAUAUCGAUAGAUCCCUGCCACAAGUUCACCUGGUGUCUGGACGCCUGCAUCAGGGAGAAGAACGUGGACAUUAAGCGCUCCCGGGAGCUGCAGGGAUUUCUGGACAACAUCAAGCGCGGCCAGGAGCAGGUCUUGGGUGAUCUCUCCAUGACCCUGUGCGAUCCGUAUGCCAUCAACUUCCUGGCCACGUCGGCCAUCAAGAUAUUGCACCACUUGAUCAACAAUGAGGGCAUGCCGCGCGACAAUCAGAUACUCAUCCUUCUGCUGAGGAUGUUGGCCUUGGGCUUGAGCGCCUGGGUGAUGAUCGAUUCGCAGGACUUCAAGGAGCCGAAACUGGACUGCCAGGUGGUCACCAAGUUUCUGCCCGCCCUCAUGUCGCUGAUGGUGGACGAUCAGUGCCGCAGCUUGCAUGCCAAGCUGCCGCCGGAUGAGCGUGAGUCGGCGCUGACCACCAUUGAGCAUUCGGGACCGGCACCGGAUGCCGUGGAGGCGUACAUCCAGGAGAGUUCUGUGGCCAGCAUACUGGCCAUGUACUAUACGCUGCACACGGCACGGCUGAAGGAUCGUGUGGGUGUGCUGCGCGUGCUGGCCAUUCUGUCCGCCUGCAAAGACGAUCGGGCAUACGAGGAUCCCUUCCUGCACUCGCUGAUCGCUUUGCUCAUCCCAAUGAGCGAGGAGUUCGCCACGGAGGACUUCUGCACCACGCUCUUCGACGAGUUCAUCUUUGCCGGACUGACGCGCGAAAACGUGACCUCCCGUCACAUGCUGAAACUGUUGUGGUAUGUGCACAAUAAGCUGCCCGCCGGUCGCCUGGCCACAUUGAUGAAGGCCAUGCAGCCUACUUCGGCUCACAACGAGCACAUCCACAAGCUAUACGAAACGCUGCAGGAGAGGAUUGGCACUGGGGCGGCGGAGACGCCGGUCAUUGAAGCGCCGCCCAUGGAGUUCGAUUCACCGCUUAAGAGUGUGCCCACGCCGGGACCACAUUACAAUGUCCAAUAGCUAGAGGCGCCGGCAGUCGCACCGCCAGCGGCUGUCGUCGGAUGAUGAUCGUUGAUAAAGGUGAUGAUGAUGAUGAUGAUCGGUGGCCAGUCAUGUGGUGUCGCCUUCCUUUUUUCUUCUGAGCAGCCGGCGGGAUGGCAAUCCCCAUUUAGCAUUCAUGCGCAAAUCAUAAUUAUACAUUUUAGACUAAGCAGCAAGCUCUGCAGCCGAGCAAUCGGAUAUAGUUUACAUAUUUACAAAUGUAUGGCUUUGUUAGCAGGCAACCAAUUUGUUGUCGCUGGCUAUUAUAUAUAUUAUAUAUUACUGUUACGCUAGUGUAACGAUCGGCUCUAGUACACAAUAUAGAGUACAAAUCUAA